UAAACUAUAAUCAAGUCAUGAUUUUAUACUUUCCGUUCAACUUCUCCUCUACCAAAAUCGAUAAUCAUUCAUCAUUCAUCAGAUGAAUAUUGAAAAUCAAAAGCUUAAGACAUGCCUCUAUCUAUAGGACAAAUUCUCAAGGGCAAAAAAGGAGGCUAUCAACUCUUAGAAGUACUGAAAGCAUCCACAGUAUUCAAAGCCCAGUCCUUACCCAUACAAGCUGGCGGGAUCCACCCAACCUUAUACCGUUCUAAUCUUUUCCCCUCAUUACCAUUACCCGUCCAGCUAGCCUUACCUAAAUUUACAUACUGACUCUCCUACGAAUAUAUAUAGUACCGUCGGAAAAAGUGCGUUUGGCGACCAAAACAUUGCGCUAAAUCGCGAACGAGAUAAUUAUAAACUCGACGCUAUAGCAUCUAGUCGAUAUUUCCGCAGUCUUCUUGAUGUGGUGGUAGAAAAUGAGAAGGAAUUCGAAAAUAAUGAUGCACAAUCGAAUAUGGCAUCUGAAAGCGAAAACGAGAGCGAGAGCAAUUUCUACCUGUUUUUUGAAUGGGUGGAGAAUGAUCUAAAAUCAGUACCUUCCAGUCAGUUUCGAACGGGACAUCUUCCCAAAAUCGUGGCAAAGUCGGUCUUGGAAGCCCUGGCUCUCAUACAAGAGAAAUUUAAGGCUAUUCAUAUAGGUGUGUUAAGUUUGUUCUAGUAGUUUGGGUGGAUGUUGCUAAAUUAUCAGAUGUGAAUCCAAACAAUAUAUUCCUAUCCAGUAUUCGAGAACCGGAACCGGUGGUCAAAUUGGGGGAUCUGGGUAAUAGUAUGUAUGUCGUGUUUUAUAUAUGUGUUGAUGCUGAUAUAUCUGUACAGUGCUGGUUGAAGGCUACGAUAAAAUUCGACUUCAAAGUCUUGAAACUCGAGCACCGGAAGUAUGGCGAGGUUUGGACUGUUGGCCUGCUUCGGACGUUUGGUCGCUUGGCGUUACGGUAAGUUGUGAUGUAUACUCCCAAGCGUUCAAAGCUAACAUCUGAGCACAGUUGGCACAUUGGUUAUCCGGAACUACAAUCUUCGGGCCCAAGGAUAAGAUGGUCCAGGGUCUUACUGAGGCUUGGUGUAUUGCCAAAAUUCAACGUCUUGUUGGACCAGUGGAAGCUCCUAUCAAUCCAGACUACGAAGAUGAAUUCUUAAUCACAAAUCACCUCGAAACAACUACCUUCAUACAUCCGGAUACAAAUUUGGAGACGCAAUUUAUCAAAAAGGGUACACUGCGUGAAGAACUUGAACGCCUACAAGAUCCGAAAGUACCGUCAGAUUUGAUAAAUUUUAUCGAGUACGUAUUGGUUGUAGAUUAUCGUAAAAGACCUACAGCUUCAGAGGCAUUGCGGCAUCCUUAUCUUCAGUUUACUUGGUGAAGCAUACGUAUUAUACCCAAAUUACCUUAGUGAGAGAUCCUUCAUUGAUGUUAUCCAAUUUAUGAGUUAUGGUAAAGCGACAUGUAGACGAACUAAUAGUAUACUGACAAUGAAAUACACCACUCUAUAUCUUCGUUACUUACGAGUGUAAU